AUGCUGCCCAAACCUGGGAUCUAUUUCUUCCCCUGGGAGGUCAGUGCUGGCCAAGUUCCUGAUGGGAACACACUGAGGACAUUUGGCAGGUUGUGCAGCUACGACAUGACCCAGUCCCAAGUAACCCUGAUGGCUCAACUCAGAUCUGACCAGUACCCGAUCCUCGUCUGUACCAAGUUGGUGGAACCGUUCCAAGCCCAGCUGGGCUCCCUCUACACUGUCCUUGGGGAACUGGAGCACCAGAAGGACGGAAGCUGCGUGGUGAAGGCCCGGGUACUGACGUGUGUGGAAGGAAUGAACCUCCCCUUGUUAGAACAAGCCGUCCGGGAGCAGAGGCUGUACCAGCAAGAGAGGGACAGUGGCCAGUAG